CCCCAGCGGACCAACCCGGAAAAAAAAAUUCCCGGCCACUUCUCCAAUAGGAAAAAAAGCCGCACGAUAUCGGAUGACCAAUCAGAUCAACAGACUACGAUUCAAGAUGGCCAAUGAGAGGAGGAAGGGGUGGGGUUGGCACCUCUGUUGCUGGGUAGAUGUUUAAGCACAGAAAGAGGUCCCGGCAUUGCUCUUUCUUCCGUGGUGCUGAAAAGGCUUUUCCCUACUAGCUAUGAAAACCCUGCACCACCCAUCCUUCCAACUUCGGUUUCUAGUCUCAGAAGUUGCAGUCAAUGAAUAAGCAAGAGAGGACAUCGAGUAAGAUCUAGGGUGCUCCGGUAAUUGGGAGCGGGCAGGAAGUAAGAGACGUGAGGUGGGCGGGACUCCGACGCGACUGCGCAGAGCCUACAACUGAAGUACGGAAAGAGGAGCGCGCUCACGCUUCCGUGCUACGAGGCACUUGAGCCUCAGCCAGUCUUGCCGGACUCAGGCCUCCCUGCGGCUGCGCGGUAAUGCCGCCUGUGCUGAUUGGCCCGGAUCUCUGAGAGGAGGGAGAAGUGAGGGAACUCCGUCGUCCUCGGCGCGCACUCCCCUACUGUCGAGUACCGAGCGUCUCGGAAGCUGCUCUUCACUGUCUUGUUUUGGGCUCAGUGAGCAGAAAGGGGCAGGGCAGGAGGAAGGCGACAUAAACAAGCCGCGAAGACAGCGCGGCCUCUGACUCUGUGUGCGUGCGCUUGCUAGCGCGGGCUCAGUGCUGGCGCGGGAGGCGGAGGCGGGCGGCGGCGGCGCCUGCGCGGUCGGGCUCGGUCGACAGUUCGCAGGGGAGGAGGCGGCGGGAGGCGGAGGAGGCGGCGGCAGCGAUGGAGGUGAAGCGGCUGAAAGUGACCGAGCUGCGGUCGGAGCUUCAGCGGCGGGGCCUGGAUUCACGCGGCCUCAAAAUGGAUCUGGCGCAGCGGCUUCAGGAGGCACUGGAUGCUGAGAUGCUGGAGGACGAGGCCGGCGUUGGUGGGGCCGGGCCCGGCGGGGCCUCCAAGGCGGAGCCUCGGCCUGUGGCCGCGUCGGGCGGAGGCCCGGGCGGGGACGAGGAGGAGGACGAAGAGGAGGAGGAGGAGGAGGACGAGGAGGCGCUGCUUGAGGACGAAGACGAGGAGCCACCACCUGCUCAGGCUUUGGGCCAGGCCGCGCAGCCGCCUCCGGAGCCCCCGGAGACGUCAGCCAUGGAGGCUGAGCCCGAAGCUUCCGACACACCGGCGGAGGCCACGGCUGGGUCAGGUGGGGUAAAUGGUGGCGAAGAGCAUGACAACGGCAAGGGGGAGGAAGACGGGCCGGAGGAACGGAGCGGAGACGAGACUCCGGGAUCCGAGGCACCAGGUGACAAGGCCAUAGAGGAACAAGGAGAUGACCAAGAUAGUGAAAAGUCAAAACCAGCAGGCUCAGAUGGUGAGCGGCGGGGGGUAAAGAGACAGCGGGAUGAGAAGGAUGAACAUGGCCGAGCUUACUAUGAAUUCCGAGAGGAGGCUUACCACAGCCGCUCAAAGUCCCCACCACCUCCAGAAGAAGAAGCAAAAGAUGAAGAGGAGGAUCAGACGCUUGUGAACCUGGACACGUAUACCUCGGAUCUCCAUUUUCAAAUAAGCAAAGACCGAUAUGGAGGCCAACCACUCUUCUCAGAAAAAUUCCCUACCCUUUGGUCUGGGGCAAGAAGUACUUACGGAGUAACAAAGGGAAAAGUAUGCUUUGAGGCCAAGGUAACUCAGAAUCUCCCAAUGAAAGAAGGCUGCACAGAAGUUUCUCUCCUUCGAGUUGGGUGGUCUGUUGAUUUUUCCUGUUCCCAGCUUGGUGAAGAUGAAUUCUCCUACGGUUUUGAUGGAAGAGGACUCAAGGCAGAAAAUGGGCAGUUUGAGGAAUUUGGCCAGACUUUUGGCGAGAAUGAUGUUAUUGGCUGUUUUGCUAAUUUUGAGACUGGAGAAGUUGAGCUUUCCUUCUCCAAGAAUGGAGAAGACUUGGGAGUGGCAUUCCGAAUCAGCAAGGAAUCUCUGGCAGAUCGAGCCCUUCUACCCCAUGUCCUUUGCAAGAAUUGUGUCAUAGAAUUAAACUUUGGUCAGAAGGAGGAGCCCUUUUUCUCACCACCAGAAGAGUUUGUGUUCAUCCAUGCUGUGCCUGUUGAGGAGCGUGUGCGAACUGCAGUCCCUCCCAAGACCAUAGAGGAAUGUGAGGUGAUUCUGAUGGUGGGACUUCCUGGAUCUGGAAAGACCCAGUGGGCACUGAAAUAUGCAAAAGAAAACCCUGAGAGAAGAUACAAUGUUCUGGGAGCUGAGACUGUGCUCACUCAAAUGAGGAUGAAGGGGCUCGAGGAGCCAGAGAUGGACCCCAAAAGCCGAGACCUCUUAGUUCAGCAAGCCUCCCAGUGCCUUAGUAAGCUGGUCCAGAUUGCGUCACGAUCAAAGAGGAACUUUAUUCUUGAUCAGUGUAAUGUAUACAACUCUGGCCAACGAAGGAAGUUAUUGCUGUUUAAGACCUUCUCCAGGAAAGUGGUGGUAGUUGUUCCUAAUGAAGAAGAUUGGAAGAAGAGGCUGGAGUUGAGGAAAGAAGUGGAGGGAGAUGAUGUGCCAGAGUCUAUAAUGCUGGAGAUGAAAGCUAACUUCUCUCUGCCUGAGAAAUGCGACUAUAUGGAUGAGGUGACAUAUGGGGAGCUGGAAAAAGAGGAAGCUCAACCCAUUGUUACUAAAUACAAGGAGGAAGCAAGGAAGCUACUGCCCCCCUCUGAGAAGCGGACAAACCGCCGAAACAACCGCAACAAGAGAAACCGGCAGAACCGAAGCCGAGGCCAAGGCUAUGUGGGCGGGCAGCGCCGAGGCUACGACAACCGGGCCUACGGGCAGCAGUACUGGGGGCAGUCUGGAAACAGAGGGGGCUACCGUAAUUUCUAUGACCGAUACAGGGGUGACUAUGAACGAUUCUACAGUCGAGAUUAUGAGUACAACAGAUACAGAGAUUAUUACAGACAAUACAACCGGGAUUGGCAGAAUUACUACUACCACCACCAACAGGACAGAGACCGAUACUACAGGAAUUACUACGGUUACCAAGGGUAUCGGUGAAGCCCCUGCUGUUUUCGCCUGUCAGCCAUGAAGCUGAGUCUCUUGAGGGUGCCAGGCACCCCCUAAAACACAACCAAGGAAAACAGGGGCUGUUGGGGUGGGGCUGAGCUGCCAGGGAGGGGUGGUUGGGGGGAGGGUGUGCAAGCAGGGGUGGGGGGAGGGGGGUGGAAACAAAACUGUACAUUUUUUUUUAAAGUUUGUUGAAAAAAAUAUUGUCUUAUUCUAUAAAACAUUUCAAACCUAGUUAGGUUAUUUGUAAUCAAAAACCAUUUGCACAGAAAGCAGCACUUAGAGCUGCCUAUUCUGUUGUCCCUGCAACUGGAUAGGAGAAGAACUAAAAGUGACACCCUCCAGCAUUCUAAGAUAGCUGGAUUGGUAGCCCAGUAAGGGAGAGUGUUGUGGGGAGAAGGGGAACAUCAUGAGGGGAUUGUGCUAGCAGUCAGGAGUGGGGCAGAGGAGACGGGGCAGAGGGAGGGCCUGUGACCAGGGCAGUGGAAAUAAACAAUUGGCUGUUAUCAAUCACUUGCACCAACUAACCGUUUGUAUUUUCUUUACCAACCUUUCCCUCUUGGGCUAUAUAGAGUUAUUAGAUUGUCCAGUUUGUUGUGCCUUUGUGCUGUCUGCCUAAGGCAUAGAGACUACUAGUUGGGUGGUUCUAGUAUUUAGGAUUCCCAGGCCAAGGGGGUACAAGGGCUCUUGGGGACUACAGAGCAGAAUACUUUGUCCUUAUCCAUAUUUUAUUAAAUAAAUUCCUAUAAAGUCUGGGGGAGGGUGGGUCACAGCUCUUAGUCUGAAGAUAGUGAUUUGCCAGUCCCUAGUCUCUGUCUUCCAAGUUGAUAGAGGCAAGAGAUCUCUGGAAUCAUUUACUAAUAUUGCCUGCCUCUUACAAGUGUGAAGGAAGGGAUGAUUCUCAGGGUUUCAGCUCACAGAAACGCAGCAAGACUUUUGUUCACUGCGUUAGGAUAUGUAUAUAGGUGAGUCCUGUGGUGUGGGCUGUCAGGCCCAGGUGCUGAGAAUUGCAACUAUUUUAUACAAUGUGCAGGGCUCUGCCCUGCUGCUGUUUUUGUUUUUGUUUUGAUACACAGGUAUAGAGUGAGUAGAAAGGGGUUGGGGGUGGGAGGCAGCUCGGUUGGGCUGCAGAAACUUGGGAAGACUAUGUGAAUGUGUGUAUGGUUGUGUGCAAGGGAACACCUUUUCCCAACUUGUUGAAACAGGAUUCCUUCAGGGGUGCCUCCCUUCAAGUCCCCAGAGAGGCCUCUCAUCAAGAGACUUCAUUUGGGAUCAUAUUGUUUGUAACUUUAACAAAACCCUCUCAGUUCUUAACAGAACAGCUACAGGUUGCUAGGUUCAAGAAUGUGGGCAGGAUAUAGCAAUGCUCUUUAAAUACUGAUCUUCAAUUUAAAUCCUCAUCUUGCUUAGCUAAAAGCUUACUCAGCAACAGCAUCCCACAGCACUUCCUGGUAAGAAAACCUCUGGGCUGAGUUACUAGGAUAUACUUCACUUCCACUUCCUUGCCUGAACAGUUCUCUUGUUUAAACUUGUGCUGGGAUUUGGAUCUUCCCUGUCCUGGUGUCCUUUCCAUUCAGAGCCUCUUGGGGUGUACAGACCUCAUUCUGAGUCUCUGGUUUGUUAGGUCACACCAUUCUGCUCAAGGACCUCUUCCAAGGCUGUAGUGGGGCCUGGAAGAAGAUAAGCUUGCUCAUAUUGUGUCUUUUCUAUUGCACUUGUCCCUUAUGGUGCCACAAAUGGGUUUGUGUGUGGCAGUAGGUGGAAUGAUUGCAUGCAUCUUUUGUAACUCGCUGGUAUUAUAAAGGGAGUUUGAGAAAGCAUUGUUUAUAAUGUCAGGGCAAAAAGACAGAAACUGGAGCCCAAAGAAAUCCCCUUAGAAAACAAGAUUAUGUUAUAAUAGAAAACUUAAUUUCCAGAGGCAGAAGCUGCUGCUUCAGAUGUUUAGUCCUCCAACAAAUAACACUGUUACAGUACUCUGUGGCCUGGAUUUUAAGUGGUAGAGCCUUCAGAAGGGCAAAAACUUAACACUGAAGUUUGGGGCAACAGGGGUUAGAGAGCAUACUUGAUGUUGAUUUUCAACACCAGAAAAGUCAAAGUCCUCUUUUUAAAAGCUGGUUUUUCUAGUUGAAUGGAGAAUGAAACUGCCACAUCCUUGUUGGGUCUGUUCAGGAGGUCUCCUGCCUCAAAGUGGAUGUCUGCAUUUUGUUUCUGUCUUGUGUUUUUAUUAUGAAAAGAAAUGUUAUUGGGGUGGGUGUGGGGUGUAGAUUAUGAUAAUAAGAUGAAUCCCUGGUUUUGUUUUCCUCAGAGUUGUUUAGUGUUUUAUCAGAUGUCUGUUGUAGUUGUAGAUGGAGAAGCUUGUUUAAAAAAAAAAAAAAAAACAAAAACAAAAAAAAACCAAACACCACAUGGAGCCUGUAAAUGUUUUUGCACAACCUGUAAAGCAUUCUUGGAAGUGGCCAGUAAAAAAAAAAAAAAAAAAAAAAAAAAAAUGGGGGAGGGGAGUUCCAUUUUUAAAAAUGUAACUGUCAUUGUUUACAUAUGUAACUCUUACCCUGUUCUCAUUACACCAUUCUGGCAAAAAAUGUAGACACAGUAGUUCCAGUUUUAGAAUAAAUAACCAUUUGGAUUGAA